CAGAAGCCACUGGAAUAGAGGGAAUUGCAAAGAUGAAUAUAUUCAGAUUAGCGGGAGAUAUGACCCAUUUGGCCAGGGAAUUGCAAAGAUGAAUAUAUGCAGAUCGCUGUUCACGUUAAGAUUUAACUAUUUCUGAGGCAAUGAGAGAGGUCCAAUCAUGCCAAGAAGCAAAAGAUAAACUGUGUGCAGAAGGAAUUUACUAUGUGGUUAGGACAAAUGUACUUCUCAUGAAUCCAUUAUUGUUUAGAGAGGCAUUUCUUUGAAGACCCAAGAGCUCUAUGCUAUUGUCUUUGCUACUCGUUACUUGGACAUAUUUACAGACUAUAUCUCCCUAUACAAUACCAUAAUGAAGUUAAUAUUCUUGGGAAGCUCUUUCUCAAUUGUCUGGUACAUGAGGCAUCACAAGGUUGUCCGGAGAUCUUACGAUAGGGAUCAGGACACAUUUCGCCAUCUUUUCCUUGUGCUACCAUGUUUGCUUUUGGCUCUGGUUAUACAUGAAAAGUUUACUUUAAGGCAGGUAAUGUGGGCCUUUUCCAUAUUCUUGGAAGCUGUUGCCAUCCUUCCUCAGCUGGUCUUGUUGCAAAGGACAAGAAAUAUUGACAACCUGACUGGGCAAUAUGUUUUUCUUCUUGGAGCUUAUCGAAGCUUAUACAUUCUGAACUGGAUUUACCGCUAUUUCACUGAGCCACACUAUGUCCACUGGAUAACUUGGGUAGCAGGGCUUGUUCAGACUGCACUUUACGCUGAUUUCUUCUAUUAUUACUUCCAAAGUUGGAAGAAUAAUGUAAAACUAGAGCUGCCAGCUUGAGGGCCUUUUUGACAAAGAUGUUGGCUGCUCAAAAACUUAGUGAAGCAAACACUAUUUGAUGUCGAGACAUUUCAAUUUUGUGCUGUCUCCUCUCGUAGGGGCUAGUAGACCUGUCAAGAAGCAAUAGUUCUAAAAGUUCUUUUCCCCAUCUCUCUGGCUUGUCAAGUGAUUGAUACAUCAAUGUAUGCAAGAUAAAACCUUUAUUUGUCACUUGCAUGAUACUUGAGGAAUACUAGCACAUUCUUUCUUUAAUGGUCAGUUUGACAAGCAUUCUGGAUUCAGAAUGGCUCAGUGCC